GAGGAGCUCCGUGACAGUGAGCUGCUCUUGGCAGAGCUGCAGGAGAAGGCUGACAGCUUGGAGGAGAAGCACACGCUCCUCCUCCGCAGAGUCCGCCGUGCCGAGCGAGAUCGGGACGUGGCCGUGCAGCGAAGCGCUGAGGUAGAGGUUGCAGUGAGACAGCUGCGAGAAGAAGCAGCGCCGGUCAUUGCGCGGUUUAUGGAGUCGGAGGUUCUUCGGAGCCAGCUUCAGGCGUGCAGCGAGGACCUCGUGCGGCUGAAGGAGGAGAUGGCGGCUUGCAAGGAUGAGCUAGCAGAAGGCUUGCCCAAGCUCGCAGAAUUAGAGGAUGACGAGGCAGAGUGUGCAGGAGCAUUGGCGCAGCUCGAGGCGCAGCACACUGAGGAGGUUAGCUUGCUGACCACCUUGCACAAGCAGGACCUUUCUUCUAGUUUUGCAGCCCCAGUGCACAGGGAGAUACGCCUGGGCACGGAGACACCUUUGCCGCUGAAAGGGCCUUUAAGCCUUAGCCGAGAUGCCUGGCAAGGCGAAGUGCAAGGGGUCCAAGUCCGGACCCCGACUGCCAGGGCAAGGCGGGCUGCUUUUGUCAGCUUGGCCACGGAAGACUAUGGACGGGGUGCGCUGGUGAUGUCUGCGAGCAUGCGAUCCCGACUGCCAGAAGACGUGGACGUGAUAGUCUUUAGCGAUGCAGAGCUGGCAGUGGUGCCAGGUGUCUCUGUGCGUGAGUUGGAAGACCUCCCAACAGUAUCCCCACCGCAGCAAGCAGGCGAACCGCUGAUGCCACAUUUCCGGUUUUGCUGGCGCAAGCUCGGUCUCUGGGCUCUGGAGGAGUAUGAUGUCAUCUUCUAUCUGGACUCGGACAUGUUGGCAGUGGGCGAUGUUGCUGGGUUGCUGGACUUCAUGCCAGAAGAAGGGCAGUUGGGUGCGGUGCCUUCCUGCGAGUGUUGGCGGUCGGAAUCGUGCAACUACACCUUGGGGCCGAGAGAAGGCCUCUACGUCAACGCAGGACUGCUUUGUUUCCGACCGAGUAUGCUGGAGCUCGGCAAGAUGAGAGAAGCGCUGGCGAACUGGACUUUCUCAGAGCGAGAUGCACAGCCGAAUGCCGCCCACUUCUUCCCAGAAGCAAUGCCAUUCGCUGAACAAGAUUUUCUCAACAGCUUCUUCCGUGGGCGGAUACGACCCCUGCCAUCGGCCUUCAACGCGCUCCAGCAUGCCAUGAAGAAUCCAAAGCACAUGGCGGCAUUGGAGCUUGAAAAGUGCCGAAUACUGCACUACGUCAUGGGGAAGCCAUGGGAGCGCGCGAGCAGAGUGGACGAGGAUGUUGCGGAUUUGCGCGCGCUCUGGUGGCAGGCAUGGAAGGACAAUGCUUCGAAGGCUUGCCUUCAUCCGCGCUGGGAGAGGCAUCGUGUACACGCCGCUCUCCCCCUUUUUCUGGUGAAGGACUUUGUCAACGUGGAGGGGGAGGCCUCCCUGAUCUCCGAGAUCUACGGGGAGGAGUUGAAGGGAAGAUGGACGCAGCUGAGACGGCGACGCCUCCUGUGCCUCGGAGGUGUGCCUCAUCCAGACGGGGCCAUUUGUGAAGACCUUCCCCAAGCCAUCUUCCAACUUGGAUCAAACCUCGUCCGGGUCGGUGCGACGGAAGGAUCGCCGAAUCAGUGCUUCAUCAACCAGUAUAGUCCCGGUGAGGGCAUCGAUGCUCAUUGUGACGGGCCACAAUUUCAUCCAGAGGUGGCGAUCCUCACUCUGGAAGGCCCUGCGCUGCUGCACUUUGGUCUCGUGGAGAAGAAGGCGUACCCGCAUCUUCCUCCUCGCUUCGAGGUGCUGCUGGAGCCCAGAUCCUUGCUUGUGAUGAGGGGCGAGGCGUACAACCUCUAUGUGCAUCGCAUUGAUCAUGCGGAGGCCGACACUACAAGGGAUGGUCUCGAAGUUCAGCGUGCUCGGCGAAGAACGUCCUUGACCUUUCGACGCCUGGCGCACGUGAAGUUGGAGAGCAAGGAUGUGAAGGGCGAGGCUGAGAGACUUGGCCGACAGGCUCAGUGGCGCUGGUUCGCGACACAGCUUAGCGAGUUCGACUAG